UAUUUUUUCAUUCUGCUUGUUUUCUACAGGGUCAUUGCAGGGAGAGCACCAAAGGAGGCUCUACAAAGAGCUGAUGGCUAACUACAAUCGAUUAGAGAGGCCUGUGGUCAAUGAUUCAGCAGGUAUCGUGGUUGAUCUGGGCCUGACGCUGCUCCAGAUCAUAGAUGUGGAUGAAAAGAACCAAGUGCUGAUGACCAAUGCCUGGCUGCAGCUGUAUUGGACAGAUGCCUACCUGAGCUGGAAUCCAGAAAACUACCCAGGUGUUCAGAACCUUCGGUUUCCUUCAGACCAGAUUUGGACUCCUGACAUCCUCCUUUACAACAGUGCGGACGAGCGGUUUGAUGCCACAUUCCACACCAACGUAUUGGUGAAUGCGUCGGGUCACUGUCAGUACAUCCCCCCUGGCAUCCUGAAGAGCACCUGCUACAUCGAUGUGCGUUGGUUCCCCUUUGAUGUCCAGAAGUGUGACUUGAAAUUUGGCUCGUGGACACACAAUGGCUGGCUUCUGGACCUGCAGAUGCUGGAUGUGGACACAUCAACUUACAUACCCAAUGGAGAGUGGGAUCUUGUGGGUGUUCCAGCCAAGCGUAAUGAGCUGUACUAUGAUUGCUGUAAGGAACCCUACCCUGAUGUGACAUUCACAGUCACUAUGCGACGCAGGACUCUGUACUACGGACUAAAUCUGCUCAUUCCCUGUGUGCUAAUCUCUGGCUUAGCUCUUUUGGUCUUUCUUCUACCUGCAGACUCUGGAGAGAAGAUCUCUCUAGGCAUCACUGUGCUGCUCUCACUAACUGUCUUCAUGCUUCUGGUAGCAGAGAUCAUGCCAGCCACGUCUGACUCUGUGCCACUCAUCGCUCAGUACUUUGCCAGUACCAUGAUGAUUGUGGGGAUGUCUGUAGUGGUGACUGUCAUAGUCCUGCAGUUCCACCAUCAUGACCCUCAUGGAGGCAAGAUGCCCAAAUGGGUUCGGGUGGUUCUGUUGAAUUGGUGUGCCUGGUUUCUCCGUAUGAAGCAACCUGGCGAUGAGCGCAAGAGGCCUCAGCACAAGUACCGUCACCCCGCCCAGCAUCUGUCCAGCACCAGCUCGAUCGAGCUGGGCACAAUGCCGAGCCUCACGGUGCCUCUGUCCCAGACGUCCUGCCCACCUUGCCCCUCCGGAACCUCCAACGGUUCCAUGAACUACUAUUUCGGCAGCUACCAUCCAGCAGAAGCCCACUGUCCACCCUCCAGUGACUCCGGCGUCGCUCUAGGGGGGCGGGCUCAUGGUUCCCUCAGCGAUGAGACUGAGACACCCGGUGGCGUUGGUGUUUGCGGUCUGGGGAUGGGAGCGGGACCUGGGAUGGGAGUAAGCACCCCCCCACCAGAGAUCCAGCGCAUCUUGGAGGAGGUGUCAUACAUAGCCCAGAGAUUCCGAGACCAGGACGAGGCAGAGGCCAUCUGCAGCGAAUGGAAGUUUGCGGCAGCAGUGGUCGACCGACUGUGUCUGGUGGCCUUCUCACUCUUUUCCAUCAUUUGCACAUUCACCAUCCUCAUGUCAGCACCCAAUUUCAUCGAGGCUGUUUCCAAGGACUUCACAUAACUAGCUGCUGCGGGAUUGAGAGUAGGAAGAAGAAAAUGUUUAUGGACAAAGAAGAGAUGGUAAAAGAAAGUUGAGGGGACUGUGGAGGAUGUAAUGUGUGAUCCACAAACGACAAACUGAGCAACCCAUUGAUAGGUGGUAAGUUUUGUAGUCUCAUCAAAAAGCGUGAAUUUCAUCAGAAACUUGUAAAUAAAUAAGAAUAUGUAGGCGCCGAGUCAUGCCCAAAAAAGAAAAGAACAAAAUGAAUUAAACUCAUGAGAUAUUAAUGUAAUAACACCUCCUCUGCAUUUUUCUAUAAACAAUAAAAUUCUUUUCAGAUAAUUUAAAACCAUUUUUAAAGAAAAGUUGCAAUGGAGAAAAAUUGGAGGAGCAUUUAAUGCUUAAAAUUGAAGCGCCUGAUAGAACAUCAUGCAGAUGGGUAGGUUUAUUGUUAGUUGGUCAAUGGCAUAAUUGGAUAUUUAAAGGGUUUAUCUCACUUUAAAUGUCUUUGCAGGUAAAAAUGUAAACGUAUUUAGAAAAUAUUUUCUCUCCUAAAA